CUCAUUUUCGGGCUCGAGCUGCCAACGGUCGGAGGAUGCGGGAAAGAAAAGCGGAGGGGCUGGGGAGCGCACGUGCGCCGGUGUAACGCAGAAUUCUGCGACCCUGUCCUGUGAUGUCCCGGAGGUUUUUUUGGGGAAAAGACGAGGGUGCUUUAAAACAGGUGAAGUCUACGGGGCUUUUCAUAACAGACCUGCACACCUGUGAGUUUUAUGGUCUCUAUUUCUGAUUAAAUUUUCUGAUGAAACCAUGACAUUCAAAUGCACCCAGACAAAACUCCAAAAUAUAUGAGGGUUUCCUAUCCCCUCUGUCUAUGAAAGUUUAGGCCUACAGCUUGUUUGGCCAUAUUGUAAAAAUGCUUGCUAAUCAUGCACCUGUUGUAAGAUUACAAGGCAAAGUUAUCAGGAAAAGUUGAAGAAUUACUAUAUUUUUAUUUGCAAUAAACAUUACAGUGAAUCAACUCAUCCCCUAUUUACUUCCUUAAAUUUUUUAAAAUUCAAAGACCUAAUAGAUUACAUCACAAUACAAAUCACUAACAAAGCCAAAAAGCUAGCCCUACCCCAACUUGCCAGAACCUGUUUAAACUAAGGGACUCCAAUUAAAACCUAAGAGGCUGUGUAUUAUUUGAGAAACCGAAAGCACAAACAAAUGUCAAAAAUUUCCGUGCGUCUGUAAAAGAGGUGAAAAUAUGGAACAACUGUCCAGUAGAAAUUGGAAAAUGUAGUACUCUGGUAAGCUUUAAGAGACUUUACGAGAAUAAUAUUAUUUCUCGAUAUUGUAGAGAAAAUGAUGUAUGAUUAUUAAUGUAAAGUGUAAAGCAUGUUCAUUACUCUAUCUGAUUUGGAGAGUGAAUAUAUAUUUAAGUGUUGAUAUUUGUAUAAAGAGAGUGUAUGUAUGGUAGGGGUAAGUCUUUAUGAGCAUUGCUUCUGCCUUCACCCUUUAUGUCAUAUUAUACCGAAAUAAAAUCAUUCAUUCAUUCAUUCAAAUAUGCCCACCUCGUAGAUCUUGAUAAUUUGAAAUCUUAUGUAAUGAUUCCUCUAAACCCCCCUUUCCUAAACUUUACAAAAGUGAUUUUUUCUUAAACCUCUGUUUGACAGACUGGUUUGACAGUACAAAGCCUAAUGUAGUCUGAUCCAGACGUUCAGGAUACUGUAUGAACUUCAAAGUUCAUACCUUGAGAGUGAACAGCAAAAUGAAGUAGGAGACAUUGACUGGUCCAGUGUGUACAAAAGGGAAUGCUUAGCGAUAUCUAGUGGUCAUAAUCCAAAUUGAAACACUCUCUUGCCAACCACUCCUGGUGGUAAAACUUCACAAGGUGAGUGUGGCCCUCAAGGACAUGAAGCUCCUGUGAUGCAUGAUCAGUAUGGUCCUCUGUGCGUCAGGUUUUUAUCUUUUAAAAAUGUCUAUCAAUACAAAUUCUUUUGCACACAUCAACCACCCAACCAACCUGUGCAUUUUCAGCGGCCACCCGCUUAAAGGAGUUUGGGCUUUGCUGGUUUGUAUGUAAUGUGCUGCUGUAGACAAAUGGUGGUUUAAGAUUGUGGCCUCUGUGGAAAGGGACCUGUGACUCAUGCUGAGUUAACAUCACAAGAGAAUUUAUGUAUUUUGGUGAGUACAGACUAAAAUAUACCAUCUCCUGUGUCUACCAAGUCUUUUUUUCUAACUAGUACUAAAUACUUUGCACUUUUUCUAUCUAAAUUCUCAAUUUUCAAUAAUGUAGAAGGAUAAAUGACCACUUUUUGCAUUGGAGAUUAUGGAGAUCAGGAAUAUAUCCUUCAACAUUUAGGUGGCAGAUUUCUGUCUCUACAUUGAUGGGCCUUCCUUAACAUAAUUGUUUUUAUUUUAUUUUUUUUUUACGUUUAGCUCAUAACUGAAAUAGUCUCAGACCGUCAGCCAAUAGAAACCUGGCUGAAAAAGUCACAAAAAAGCUUCUUGAGAUUACAAAGACAGAGUUGAACCGAGUAAAAAUGCUCUCCAACAGAGCUUUCUGGAGGUUAGAUUUGUAGCUACAGAUAGAUCCAGGUAGUCUCGGUUGUGAUGCAUUAGUUUCAAUCAUGUGCUUAGUGCACAUAUAGCUGGUUAUGGUCUGGCCACGCCUUAAUAGAUACCAGCCGUCCCUCACCUAUAUUAGACGUAAUAGAGGAAGACAUCUGAACCUGCAGUAAACUUUUGUUUCGAUUGAAGGUGUUACCAAUAGGGAAGUGUUGGUCCAAAGGUCAGUGAUGACAACCCACUCCCACUGUAGUUUAUAACCCUCACUCACUCCAGGACACACAGCGCACAAACCGGCAGCAAGAUGAAGCACCUGCUGUUUUUGGGGAUUGUUUUUGCUGUAUUUCACAUCAGCCAGUCAAAUAUUCCAGGUAUAUCAAACUAUUUUUCUUUCUUUUGCUUUAUUUUGAAAUUUUUGCAAAAUGUCUGUAUCAGGCCCACGGCUCAUUGUUAACCUAGGCUUGUCUUGAGCAGCAAGUUAUGCAGCGUUAACCUUGUUCAUUCUUGUUUCUUGGUGUAAUUGGUAAAAAAAUCAUUUUACACAAACUUUAUGUGACUGUCAGUUCUUUUGUAAUGAGUUGGUUUCACUGAAACUCGACUAGAGGAGAUAAAGCUUCACCUUUAGUCCUUUCAGAGCAACAUGGCGGUCAUAAUCGUGAUUGAUACAAUAAAAUGUAGGCGGAAUCAUUUACAGACAAAAACGAUGGCUGUUUUUUGUGCAGUAGAAGGAGAAAUUAUCUUUUCAAUUUGAAAUUAAUAAACCUGCCUAGAUAAGUGUUUGUUCACACAAGUCUAGACGGCAUCCCUCAGAAGUUUAUAAUUGUAUUUUUCCUUUUUACUGACUCCGUGUUUGUGUUGUAGCUUGCAACUUUAGCAGACAAUGAUUGUCUCUUGCCAUCAACAACAAAGAAAAGGUGGUAUUUAAUGUACAUUCAAGCUCCUGGAAAUGUUAUUUACACACUGCUAAUGAGAGUACGGCCUCUAUAAUUGCAAACUUCAAAUGGUGAGAUCAUUUCUGUCUGAGCCUGUGCACAAUGAGCAGAAACUGUGACCACCUGAAACUUCAUCUCACCUCAAAACCCUUCAAUCAAUCAUGGAGGCCCAGGUUUUGAGCAAUCUGGGAUAUUCAGUCAGGUGGCUAAGCUGUGGCUAAACUUUCCCUCCAAAACUAAAGACAGUUGAGGUAAAAGUUUGAGCCCAGAAGAACCGUUGGAAACCAUUUCCCUAUGUAUAAAUCUAUGUAGGGCGGGACCGCUGAAAAUGUAACAUAGAUGACUCUUUUUAUUGCUGCCAUAAACUGAGGGAGUGGGUCUCUGGUGGUGCAGCUAGUUAAACAUUAGUUACAUGAUCACAGGUAUCUGUUUGUGACUUCUAGUGAAACACCUUUCAGACAGUUUCUGUACAUUGCCUACUCUACGAACUAGAUGAGAAAAUACUGUUAGCUUGAAAACUUGAGCAACUAAGAAUAACAAUUUUUUUUUUUCAAUAACCCCACAGAUUUCUGUCUUCUGCCUGAAGAUGAAGGUACAGGGACCCAAUUUGUCUUUUCCCUGUUUUAUGAUGCUGCCAACGAUCGCUGCACUCCUUUUCUUUACAAAGGCGAAGGGGGAAAUGCUAACCGCUUUGUGAAUGAAAGGGAGUGCCUGAGAAACUGCUCUGCUAAUGUAGAAACUACCUACCCUUUUGAUGGUAAGAUGAUUUUAUGAAUUUAUAAUUGGCCAUAAAAUAUCAAAUAUAUCCAUAAACAUGUCCUAAAAGUAGAACUCAGUCUAAUCAGCUCUGUCCUUCUCCCUGGCUGUUUAAUGUGGACUUUGGAACAUGGGCUGGCUAAUGAGGCAGUUUUAUGGCCAUGAGUAGCAUAAAAAGAAACACCUCGUCUUCUCUGUCUUCUUCAGAUCUGCCUUGUGCAGACCUUAAUCAUAGACCUAUAAGAAAUUAUCAGUGCCAUUGUUAUUUAUAGUAUUAAAAUUGUAAAAAUCAAAUAACUACACUGACUACUAUUUGAUUAUUGUUUUACAGAUGUUGUCGCAUAAUUCUUUAGAGCAUGCAGGACAGAUGUUUCAGUGUUGAGUAUUAGCAGUACGCCAUCAAGUGGUGAAAGAUGAGGAUUACAUUAGAUUACGAUGAACACACAUGCUGCUUUGGAAAAGUUUUGAUAAUUUAAUACUCAGCUGUGUCCAUAUGUUGGAAGUUUUAACACACUCAAUGAUAUUUGUGACUGUGUAUUUGUAUUUUUAAUGAACUAAAAGCAUUGCUGAGCAUUUAUAAUGAUGAUGAAGGGGGUGCACUUUGAGAUUUGUUUUUAAAUGUAAAGUGUGUUACAAAUAAAAUCUAUUAUUAUUAUUAUUAUUAUUAUUAUUAUUAUUAUUAUUAUUAUUAUUAUUAUUAUUAUUAUCAUCAUAAGUCUGAUGUUUCUCUUCACCAGCGUCUAGGGCUUGCCACUUCAAAUAUACAGUUGGCGGCUGUAGUGGUAAGUAUUUGAGAUACUACUACGAUUCCAUCCACAAGAAGUGCAAAAAAUUCCUCUGGACCGGCUGCUUUGGAAAUGGGAACAGGUUUUUCGACAUGGAGACCUGCAACAACACCUGUCAAGGCAUUCAUGGUGAACACAGACCUCUCUUAAAUACAUAUUGCUUAUGACCAAAAAUUUUAAUGUGAUAAAAUGCCAGUGCAUGUUUUUGAAUAUGUGACUCUACAUUGAGAACUGAGGCACACUGAAAUUAAAUAGUACGGUGUUUUUUUUAAAUACUUGUAUUUUUUUAAUGUGUCCCUGUUUCUGUUUUAAGAUGAGGGUGAUGAUCUGGAAGAGGAUGAGCCAGACACUCCCAUUGGUCAGUCUCUGCAGAUAAAACAACGUCAUAUAUUUCAGUGACAAAAAGUGAUAUAGUCGCUAUUUCUCCCUUAUUCAAAAAGUGACCAUGUUUGAAAACAGAAUGCUACAUGUAGAUAUUUUUGGGUUAGGGCAUAAAACUGUUAUUAUUUGUUGAAGCUUUUUGACUCUGGUUGCAUGAAUCUUACUCACGAAUGUCCACUUUAUAGCAAUCAUCUGUGGAGUUCUGCUAGCUGUCAUCGUUGUGGCCGUCUUUGGAACAGUGAUCGGGUUGACCGUCAAGUCAAAGUAAAUAAACACAUCUCUGUGUUCGGCCUUAAAACAAUGAAAUUUCAUAUAAAAACUUAUCACACUCUUUUAUCUCAAUUUUAUCUUUAGAAAAAAGGGCUCCAAGAAGAAGUCAGGAGCGGAAAGCAGAGCCCAAUCUGAAAAUUCUCCUGAGGCGCAGCCGAUUGAGAUGGCAUAG